AUGUGGGUUGAGAAAACAUGGGUCAAAGAAUGCAAUGGGGCAUCUUGGGGUAAUAGGGAACACUCUAGAGGCUGGCAAGAGACUGAUAAGCCAGUUGCUGGAAGGGAUCUAAAUUCAGGAAUACUUGGUGCUACCAUUGGCGCUGAGGGGAUCAAAAAGAGAUAUUUUCAAAUUUGUCGUGAAAGUAGCCCAAAAAAGAGUAACAAUUGGAGGAAUGGAUUUCUUAUCAUCAAAGCUGUGAUAAAUGCUUUAUCGGCUUUUGUGAAGUUGUCUAGCAAGUGUCUUGGUUCAACUGGUAUCCCAAGAGGUUAUCAUUAUCCCUAUCGAGCCAUGGACCACCAAAUCGACCUUCCCUCAAGUUAA